ACUCAAAGCUGAAGUAAAGUCACAAAGUUGCACACGUGGUGAGCAUGCUUACAAUGUGACCUCAUAAUGGGUCAUAUACGUAUCUGUAAUGCAAUCAAAAUAUUUUUGCGAACAAAGAUCAAUUAUUUGUUGAUUAAAAAUAUAAAUCUUUUCCUAUUCAACCAGAUUAUUUGACAUUUGACGCGAGUGUUUUUUGGCAUCUUGUCCAAAAAAAGUUUAUGUUUUGUCUGCUCAGUCCUUUUGCAAUUCUAGUUUUGUAUUUAGAUUCGGAUUUAAUAUUAUUCACAACUGUUCAAAUUAUCGUUAUACUUGUUUCAGUUAUUAUUCCUACUGCUACUCACGUUACAAUCAAGUUGCGCUAGUAAAAUUCUCAGCAAAUGUUCGUUUCUUGAUGUUGUGUUAGGGAAAAGUGGGUCAUACUCACCUAUGAUUCAUUUCAUUAGGUGCAAUUUCAUAUUGAAAUGUACUUCAACACAAGGAUUGCAUCUAAUAUUCUGCAUUUGAAAAGAUAAUGAUUCUCAGUUUUGAUUGACACUUUGAAUUUAAUUUCAAGACACUUUUCCUUAUUAAGUCACAUGAAUACCUUCUGGUCCGUGACCAUCUUUGUCGAGUUGAAAUUUGCUCGCCAACAGUCCCAUGACCCCCAUAAAGGCUAAAUAUAAACUUUGCAAGCAACAGUUUUGCUGUUUUUGUACACGUUGCCUCAUCCCAAAUCAACAUAGGGGUGUGAGCUGCAGCCACAUUGAGAGAUUUAUGAUGCAAUGGGUCCUGUUAAAAAGUCGUCAUUGGAGCCGUGAAAGUGACGAGAAGCAUCAAACGGUUGACAAGACUUUGCUGAAGGGAUACUGUAUUUGCAGUGAAGUUCAUAAAGCUUUUUUUCUUCGAUUUUGAAAAGAUUUUGGGAUCAUUUUGGCAAACAUGGGUAAUGGCAUCAAUAAGGUUCUUCCAGAUCUUUAUGUUGGAAAUAUCAAAGAUGCCCGUGACAAGGAUCUGUUGGUGCAGCACAACAUCACCCACAUCCUGUCCGUCCACGAUGCAGCUGCACCUGUGUUCGAGGACAUGACAUAUCUUUGCAUAUCUGCAGCUGAUCACAGGAGGCAAAAUCUGAUUCAGUACUUCAGAGACAGUAUCAUAUUCAUGCACAAAUCUAGAGUGAAAGGAGAGGGCUGCCUUGUCCAUUGUGUGGCAGGGGUUUCCCGUAGUGUGACACUGGUGGUGGCCUAUAUCAUGACCGUGACAGGUCACGGUUGGGUAGAAUCUCUAGCAGCAGUCAGGGCAGCCCGGCCAUGUGCAAGACCCAACCUGGGCUUCUUACGUCAGUUGGAGGAGUUUGAGAACACAAAGCUUGAACAACAUCGGACCUGGUGGAACACACAUUGUGGCAAACACUCACUCCAUGAUGAAGAGGAAGUGAGACAACUUUUAAUGCGUGGAUCCAAAGACAGCACUAGUGACUUUCCAAACAGUAUCACAAAAUCUCUGGCCAUAAGCGGCUCUUGAACGAGGUCACAAAGUCCUCUACUGCCCCUCUUUUGACUAUACACACAAGAACUGUGGGUCACAAAAACUUUGUCACUAUUACCACGACACAACCUUGUGAACAGAGAAAUAUGACCACAACAAAGGAGUGAAUUACGUGUUGUCCAGUAUUGCAAAAAGCAGAGAUUGGAUAAGUCAUUUAACUAAAGACUGCCUGCAAUAUUUCAACCUGUAUAAACAAUGGGACCACUAAUAACCCAAAGAAAGCAGUAACUAAUUGGGGUGGGUGAUGCUAAACACUUUGGUGUCAAUCCAACACAAAUUAAAUACACGGUCUGUAUUGCUGAAACUUACACAUUUACAAAAAAAGAAAUGUUAUUUUAAAAAAUACAGCAUAAAGAUUUUAGACAAACAGACACAAAAUAUUUUUAGUGACAAUUAUAUCUGUGAACAAUAGAACAAUAUACACAGUAAAUAUAACAAUACAAGACAAUUUAACAAUAUCAACAAAACAUAUUUUUCGGACUAUAAGGCGCACUUAAAAUCUUUUCAUUUUCUCAAAACUCGACAGUGAUCCUUAUAACCCGGUGCACCUAAUGUAAGGAAUAAUUUGGUUUGUGCUUACCGACCUCAAGGCUAUUUUAUUUGGUACAUGAGGAAAUGAUAAGUGUGACCGGUAGAUGACAGUCACACAUAAGAGAUACUGUAGGCUGCAAUAUGAGUCAAGUAAACCACACCAACAUUUUAUAUGUUCCAUUGAGAAUAUAGAAACCUUACCCACGGCGCUCAGAAAUCUAUCAAAAUGUUUUACUAUGACUUUGGUAAGCUUUGGAGCCGCACCGCUUGAUGGAUUGUACUGUGCUUCAAUUACUAUGGUGUGUGUAUAAGGUACGACAUAUUAUCUGGCGCUUUGUUUCACAAUAUUAUGCAAAAGCAGCUUUUCUUACCUUCUGGUACCUGUUGAAUUGUAUUUGGGAUCUGCAUAAGUCCUGAAAAUGUGCACGCAUCCGCCAUUGUAGUCCGUGGCGACCCCGUAGUUGAUAAGCUUUUCUUCUUUUUCUCUAUCUUCUUUAUAUGGGACAUUCAUCCUGCGCUGUUGUCAUUUCUAAUGUAAAGUAGUGUAAAGUUCUUACUUAUAUCUGUCAGUAAACUCGCCACGAAAGCGCUAAAACAUACCGGUGUAGUGAGUUUACAUUAUUCACUCAAGGAACUUUAGUUACUCAAGAGUUCCGAUCGGACAUUCUGGCGUUGUUGCACUGGUCAAUCAAUCAAUCAAUCAAUGUUUAUUUAUAUAGCCCCAAAUCACAAAUGUCUCAAAGGACUGCACAAAUCAUUACGACUACAACAACCUCGGAAGAACCCACAAAAGGGCAAGGAAAAAUCAAACCCAGUGGGGCAGGGAGAAUUCACAUCCAGUGGGACGCCAGUGACAAUGCUGACUAUGAGAAACCUUGGGGAGGACCUCAGAUGUGGGCAACCCCCCCCCCCUCUAGGGGACCGAAAGCAAUGGAUGUCGAGCGGGUCUAACAUGAUGCUGUGAAAGUUCAAUCCAUAGUGGUUCCAACACAGCCGCGAGAGUUCAGUUCAAAGCGGAUCCAAGACAGCAGCGAGAGUCCCGUCCACAGGAGACCAUCUCAAGCGGAGGCGGAUCAGCAGCGUAGAGAUGUCCCCAAUCGAUACAGGCGAGCGGUCCAUCCUGGGUCCCGACGAGUGGUCCAUCCAGGGUCUCGACUCUGGACAGCCAGUACUUCAUCCAUGGUCAUCGGACCAGACCCCCUCCACAAGGGAGGGGGGGACAUAGGAGAAAGAAAAGAAGCGGCAGAUCAACUGGUCUAAAAAGGAGGUUUAUUUAAAGGCUAGAGUAUACAGAUGAGUUUUAAGGUGAGACUUAAAUGCUUCUACUGAGGUAGCAUCUCGAACUGUUACCGGGAGGGCAUUCCAGAGUACUGGAGCCCGAACGGAAAACGCCCUAUAGCCCGCAGACUUUUUUUGGGCUCUAGGAAUCACUAGUAAGCCGGAGUCUUUAGAACGCAGAUUUCUUGCCGGGACAUAUGGUACAAUACAAUCGGCAAGAUAGGAUGGAGCUAGACUGUGUAGUAUUUUAUACGUAAGUAGUAAAACCUUAAAGUCACAUCUUAAGUGCACAGGAAGCCAGUGCAGGUGAGCCAGUACAGGCGUAAUAUGAUCAAACUUUCUUGUUCUUGUCAAAAGUCUAGCAGCCGCAUUUUGUACCAACUGUAAUCUUUUAAUGCUAGACAUGGGGAGACCCGAAAAUAAUACGUUACAGUAAUCGAGACGAGACGUAACAAACGCAUGGAUAAUGAUCUCGGCGUCCUUAGUGGACAAAAUGGAGCGAAUUUUAGCGAUAUUACGGAGAUGAAAGAAGGCCGUUUUAGUAACGCUUUUAAUGUGUGACUCAAAGGAGAGAGUUGGGUCGAAGAUAAUACCCAGAUUUUUUACCGAGUCACCUUGUUUUAUUAUUUGGUUGUCAAAUGUUAAAGUUGUGUUAUUAAAUAGAGGUCGGUGUCUAGUAAGCCACGGAUGAAGAGAUGAUGGUCCGUUAUUAUUUUAAGUAAAGUCUGAAUGUCAUUAAAACAGUUAGCUCCAUCUUUUGACACUUCUGCUACCCCCAUCCUUGCACGCUACCCCGCUACAACAAAGAUGACGGGGAGAAGACGCUGCCGAAGGGGAGCCACGUAAAAAAGACCGCCCACAAAAUGGCGCAUCCUGAAGAAAGAGGCUUGAAGAUGAUCUGUUAAACAUAUUCUAUGCAACUUUUUGACCAAAGUACCACCAUCACAUGUUAUGUAGACCACAAAGAAGUGUUUUCAAUUUAGAAAAAAAAAAUAAUAAUAUGACUCCUUUACUGUGCUCUAUAAUCCGGUGCACCAUUUUGUAUGAAAAUAAAUCUGACUAGACCCUAUGGUCCGGAAAAUAUGGUAAUUCUUCCCUUUAGUACGUUUAUUACACACAAUUAUAAGAGCAAAAUAAAAUUAAUAGUGCAAAACACCUACACAAAAUUAAUAACUGCUACAGGCUCUUAUUCAAAUCCUGACUUUUCGCCUCCUAUGCUCUUUUGUGUACCCGAUGUGAGUGUUUUAAACGAUAUAACUUCAGCAUAUAACAAUAUUACAACAGCACUGAUGUGGUUUGUACCAGUUUUGGCGUGUUACUGCACUCAAUACUGCAAGACUUCUUACCAGAGCAGGCUUUUAAAUACUUGAGGUGUUGGAUCCAGGCGAUGAUCCAUGCUCUGGCCAAACAACGUUUGUCUCCAAUGUCUUAACAGGGGAAAAAAGUCCCAAUUAUGUCCUCUGCUUUCCUCAACACUCUGGCAAACGUUUUUAUUAAGCUGUUGUACAAUUCAUAUCGUGUGUAUUGGUACACAUUAUACAAUUUUUCUGUACAUUUUUGUACUCCUGUAUUUAUUAUCUAUUUAUGUAUCUCAUGAUUUUUUUUCUUGAUUUUAAUUGAUGUUUUCUAUUUAUUUAUGUUUUUAAAUUUUUCGUUUUUAAUUUAUUUUUAAAUAUUUUCUUCUUCAUAACUGAAUAAACUAUAAACACUA